AAUGGAAUCUCACACAGAAAGAGGCAGAGAAAAAUGGGAUUUAAAAACCCUUUUCCCCAUUAACUGCCCACAUGAUUGGCUAUGCAGCAGCAGCAGCAGCAGCAGCAGCAGCAGCGCAAGGGAAGCCCCACUGUGGUUGUGUGCGCGCUUCAGCAUCUCCAAUUCUUGACAAACACCACAACACGACACCCAUCUCUCUCUUUCUUUUAUAUCUUCAUCUCAUCCUAAUCCCGAAAGCGAAUACUCCGAUAAUGAACCUUCUUCUUCUUCUUCUUCUUCUUCUUCUUCGAUUUUGCUCUGUUUUUGUGGGUUCCUCUGCUCCGUUGCCGUCACUGCUUCCUCCAUUUUCCGAUUCAAUGGCUGCUGCUGCUUCUUCUCCAGAGAUUUCCACGGGAAUGUUGAAUCAAAGAAGCGAAACCCACAAGAGAAUCGUGAUUGUUCUUAUCGUUUGUGCUUCAUUCGGUACAGUCUCUGUGAUUUCACUCAUUUUGUGGGUUUAUUACAGAAGGAACUCCACGAACAUCCAUAAACGAAACACUCGUAGCCCAGAUGCCGAAAAGGGUUUCGUUGGAUUAGCACCAUUCUUGCGCAAAUUCAGCUCAAACAAGAUGGUGGGUCACAAUAAAUUCUCUGUUCCACUCAUUGAUUACGAGGUUGUGGAAAAAGCCACCAACAUUUUCCAGGAAAGUAACAUUCUGGGCGAGGGUGGGUUCGGACGGGUUUACAAGGCUCAAUUAGAACAGAAUCUACACGUUGCAGUGAAGAAACUUGAAUGUUUCGAUAAGGAUUCAGAGAAAGAAUUCGAGAAUGAAGUGGAGAUAUUGAGCAAAACCCAUCACUCGAAUAUCAUCCAGCUACUGGGUUACACGAUUCAUGAAGAAUCAAGGCUUCUUGUAUACGAAUUAAUGGAGAAUGGAUCACUUGAAACACUGUUACAUGGGCCUUCGCAUGGAGAGGGAUUAACAUGGCAUAUGCGCAUGAAGAUUGCUCUGGAUUCAGCGAGAGGGUUAGAAUAUCUGCAUGAACACUGCAAGCCUGCAAUAAUACAUAGAGAUCUGAAAUCCUCCAAUAUUCUUUUGGAUGCGAACUUCAAUGCGAAGCUUUCUGAUUUUGGGUUGUCUGUGAUUGUUGGAGCACAAAACAAGAACGAGAUCAAGCUUUCUGGGACGAUGGGUUAUGUUGCUCCCGAAUAUCUUUUAGAUGGCAAAUUGACGGAUAAGAGCGAUGUCUAUGCGUUUGGUGUUGUGCUUUUGGAGCUACUUUUAGGGAAAAGGCCUGUUGAGAAACUGGCACCAACUCAAUGUCAAUCCAUUGUCACAUGGGCUAUGCCUCAUCUCACUGAUAGAUCAAAGCUGCCUGAUAUCGUUGACCCGGUGAUCAAGAACACAAUGGAUCCGAAACACUUAUUUCAGGUUGCUGCUGUGGCCGUGCUGUGCGUGCAACCUGAACCGAGCUAUCGUCCUCUAAUAACAGAUGUUUUGCACUCUCUUAUUCCUCUUGUUCCUGUUGAGCUUGGAGGAACACUCAGAUCAUCAACACAACAACAACAAGCAUCUGUGGCUGAAGAUUAGCUAAGAAGAAAAAGUGAGAAAGAGAAUCACUUCAUGAUAUGCGGAUUCUUCAAUGCACAAAUGUAUGAUUUUUCCAAUCAUAUUUGUUCUUAUUUCUGCAAAUAUGGUUGCCUGCCCAUGGUGCCUGGUUCAAAUUCUUGUGAAGAAUGGUAGAAUGUUAUGCUACAUAAUUUUUUUAUCCUCCACAGAACAAUAAAAAGAUGCAUAAUUUUGGGGCAAAAAGGUGCAUUUUUAGAACUCUUCUGUACAUAUGAUCAUCGAGCCACUCAUAAGAUGCUAUGCUACAUUAAAGAAAUGGAAAGCCAAAAAAAGGCAAUAAGAUUUUCCU